AGGUAGCGACACCAUCGUCGUACGCGCAACAUAGAAUUUGGACAUGGGCGAUAGGAAGCCGAUGCAGUUGUGUUAAGGUUAAAGUUGCACGGACGUUUGUGAUUACAGUUCCCGAUUUGUUUCUGUGAUUGUUUUGUUUUUUUUGUAAUAUGGGUGCGUAUUUGUCAGAACCAAUCACUGAAAAGGUGUCAACUGAUGAAACUGGCAAACGGGUGAAAUGUGGCGCGAGUUCAAUGCAAGGGUGGCGAGUUUCUCAGGAGGAUGCUCAUAACUGUCUAAUUAACUUUGACAAGAAUGACACAUCAUUUUUUGCGGUGUAUGAUGGGCAUGGGGGCCAUGAAGUUGCACAGUAUUGUGCCCAAAAUUUGCCAGAGUUUUUGAAAACUUGUGAGGCAUAUAAAAAGGGUGAUUACGUACAAGCUUUGAAAGAUGCAUUUCUGGGAUUUGAUGCCACAUUGCGUGAACCCGAGGUUAUUGCUAUACUAAAGCAAAUUGUCAAAGGAAAAGAAGAAAGUGGAGACAAUUCCGCAUCAGAGGAUGAAGAAAAUGUGAAGAAUCUGUUUGCUGAAGCUGAGAUGCCUCUGGAGCAAGUAAUGGCAAAAUAUCGCCGUGAUAUGAUUUCUUCAAGUACAAAAAAAUUGAAAGACGGUGAUGAUGAAAUAGGUGAUUAUCCAGACUUGGAUAAGGAAAACAUACCUGAAGCCUCUGGAUCAGGAACAGCUGGCAUUAAGCUAACAGAUUGUGAGUCAGAUACAGAUGCAAACAGUUCAGAUUCUCAGGAGAAACCAUCAGCUGAUGGUGAUAGUGCAGUUGUUUCUGAUUGUGAUGCAAAUCACAAGCCCACAUCAUCAAAUGGUAAUGGAGAUAGUGAAACAGAACCACAUUCUAAAACUGAUUCACCUGAUGUCACGGCUUCAGUUAGCGACAAAAAUAAGGAACCUCUUACAGGCAGUGACACUGAAACAGCAGAGGAAUUGAAAGUGAAGGAAGAAAUGAAUGGAGAGCAUAAUGUAAAUGAUGGUGAUCAGGGUGCUGCAAGUGGUGAACCACAAGGCAAAAGUUCUAAUGUUACUGGCUCAGAAGCACCAGUAAAAAAUGGUGAAGUCAGUGUAAGUGAAGAUAAAGAUGACACAUCUACAAAUGAAGAUAAAGGCAAAAGGAAAGCAAUGCCAAACUUCAACCAGUGCAUACUUAGGAAAUCUCUGAGACAACAUGCUGCAGUUGCAUUGUACCAUUCUCUUCUGGGUGGUCAGGAUCAAAGUGACAGUGACUCUGAUGAAGCAGAUGAAUCAUUCAAAGCAUUUGACAGGUCUAUAUUUGGUUUGUUUGGAAGAUUCUUCUAUAUUUGCAAACUGAAGAUUUUUAGCAUUAUAAAGUUUCUGAUUCCAAUAGGGAUCUUUAAUUUCCAUUUAAGCAGUGAGGAUGAGGAAGGAGAAAGUGAAAAGGGAGAAGAGGCAGAAGAAGACUUAGAAGAUGAAGAAGAUGAGGAGGAAGAGGAACAGGAACAGGAAGAAGGAGACGAUGAGGACGAUGAUGAUGACAGUCUGGAUGCAGACGACGAGGAAGAAGACUUUGGCACAAAAGUGACAGAAGAACCGGGAUCGGAUAGUGGAUGUACUGCAGUUGUGGCUCUACUGAAAGGGCAAGAACUCUAUGUAGCUAAUGCAGGAGACUCUCGAUGUGUAGUUUGUCGUAAUGGGCAAGCUGUUGAAAUGAGUUUAGACCACAAGCCAGAAGAUGAAUGUGAAUUGGAAAGAAUAGAGAAAGCAGGAGGAAAAGUUACUACUGAUGGAAGAGUUAAUGGUGGCUUGAAUCUAUCACGGGCUAUAGGUGAUCAUGCAUACAAACAAGCAGAGAAGCUUCCACCUGAGGAACAGAUGAUAACUGCACUACCAGAUGUGAGAACACUCAUGAUAGACCCCAAAGAAGAUGAAUUUAUGGUUUUGGCAUGUGACGGCAUAUGGAACUUUAUGUCAAGCCAAGAUGUUGUGGAUUUUGUACGUCCUCGUAUACUAGAAAAUCCAGAAAAACUAUCACAUAUAUGUGAAGAGCUGUUUGAUCACUGUUUGGCACCAAGUACAGUUGGUGAUGGAACUGGAUGUGACAACAUGACUGCUGUUAUUGUCCAGUUUUUAUCAGCAGAUGCUUCCAGCAAUGAAAAAUCAGGAAAACGCUGUUUAUCACCAAGACCUGAGGAAGAAUCCGUAAAGCGUCCAAAAACUGAAGAAGUGUCAACCGUGUGAAUUGUACGUUAAGUCUUACAGUUGUUUAUCUUGCGAAAUCUCAGGUACACAGCUGAGUCUUCAGAUUCACAGUGCUAAAGACAAGUGAUGGUCACUUCUUUUCUGAAGGAAUUGAGAGACAUGUUCAUUUUUAUUUGAAGAGGAGUAAUCAUAUUAAGGAUUCUUUGUUUGAUUAGUGAUGUACUUGAAAUAUACAUACUUGACAGCAAGUUUCUGUCCAAGUUAUGUGAAGAUUUCAGUUCUCUGCCUCAAGUUGCACAUAUAUUGUGAAAUUGACAUCAGUAUGUACAAUAUUUAUGUUCAAAUAUCAGACUUGGGAUAGUUGUAGAAGGUACACCCCAAGACAGUAUAUGUCCAGUUUUAUUGGAUAACAUAGUUAGAAAUGGUUCAUUUUAUCUUAUUUGUCAUUUUAAUAUAUUUUUCAAUAAGACUUUUUACUUUGAGAAAAUUUCAUCAUUUUUACUGUAAUUGUACUCUCCAGUAUUUUUGGAAAAACAGUACUUCUUUGCACACUAGUACAGUAUUUGAACAAUGAGAGGGACCUGUUACACAUUCAUAAUGUAGUGACUUUUCUGUGAAAUAAUGUUAAGUGAUAAUUGAUACUGAAAAUGCACCACAGUGAUGUCACAUUGUAUUCACAACUUUCAUUUGUUUCUUAGUUAACAAGAACAACACAAGUAUUUCAAAAUCAGUGAUUCAGUACCAGAUUUUCAAUUAUGUCUUCUUGCUCUUGUUCAGUUUUCUGUAAUGACUGAUGCUGUAUUCGAAGCCGUUCCAGUUCUGUGGAUUUCUCGAUUAUUAGCGCCUGUAACAUUUAAGUACCUUUUGCUGCAUUAAUUGUGUACAUGCACAUAAGUGUUAAACAUUAUAUUUUUAUAUAUCAAAAAUAAAAAGGAAUGGUGCCACUAAUUUUGCUAGCUAUUAAUAUUAAGUAAUGCAGUCCCAUGAUUGGGUUGCAGAUAACACCAGUGAUGGUAGUUGCUUAUGCACUAAAAAAUAUUUGUAGUAUUAACAAGUAGUAGAACUGCCCCUUUAUUCCUUUCAACUACUGUCUAAUCAAAAAGAAAAAUUAAAAUCUUCUGGCUAGCCUUUGUCAUGUCUUUCAGACGCAAAAUUUAAGAGAACAUGCAUGUACUGGACACAGUUUAUUAACCCCAGUAUAGUUUGAGUAUUAUAAAAAGGGUAGUUGCUACUCACCAGAUAGUGGAGAUGAGGAGUCGCAGACACACGCAACAAAAAGACUGUUGGAAAGUUAGCUUUCAGCUAACAAGACCUUUGUCAGAAACACACAAACGCAACUCACAUACAUGACGACAGUCUCUGGUUUCACCUUUCCUACAGUCUUUUAUGUUUUGCCUGUCUGUGACUCAGCAUCUCCGCUAUCUGGUGAGUAGCAACUAUCCUUUCCAGAAUAUUGUUAGAUUCCAUCCUGAAUUUCCAUUGUUUCGUUUCCAGUUUCUUUUUUACUGUGUGCAACAAAGUGUCUGUUGAGAGAAGCUGUGCCAGUGCUAAGACAAGCAUCCCAACAGUUGAUAUCACAUUCGAAAUGACACAAUAGUGUAUCAAACACAAAUUUUCACGUAAAAGUAGCCUGUUAGAGUAAGAACAGCAAUUUUUUAAUAUGCGCACCAUAGCCAUAUAAUACACAUGGUUUCUUUUCAUAAUAUGUGAAGUGCCUUUGGACAAUUUCCAAAGUUGGCAUAAUGUUUGUGACAGAUGCCAGUAAUCAGUGAAAUUUCAGAGUGCACCCUCCCCUGAACAGUUGUACAACUACUUUUACAUGAACACACCGCCAUUUGACAAUAUUGUUCUCAAUUACGACUUAGGUUUCGGCCUUUUAUGCCAUUUUCAAGACAUCAACUCAAUCACUCGAAAAUUGCGUAAAAGACCAAAACCUAGGUUAUAAUUAAAUAAACAAUACAGUCAAAAGAAAAUGGUAAAACUUGUGAAUAUAAUACUAUAACCAUUUUUUUCUUUCUUGAAUUUUUGUACUGGCUUAAUAUCGGAAUCUGCUACUAGUUUCAUUCAAUGAGAUGACCACUACACCAUUACCCUCUCUGUCAGUGCUCUAACUAGUUGCUGUUGAUGCAAAACAAACAAUUAGUACUUUAAAAUAAUACUGAGCACAAAAAUAUUCGAAGUUUGUAUAAAAAUAAAAAGCAGCAUCAUAAUCAGCUGAAAAUAAAAUAUAACUGAACAAAUUGAGAGGCAAGGAAUUAGUCUUA